CCGAGACAACAAAAACGAGGGAGAAAUAAAAACCCAGCGCCAGCGGUUUUCCCUUGUUCCUCUCUUCCUCGUCUCCUCUGCCCGCGGCGGCCUCGCUAUCCAAUCCAUUCCUGCCGCUUCGAAUUGUACCAGAAAUCCCCAAAUAUAAAUCCCAUCCCUUUCCGAUUCCUCCUUCCAUAUGACUAAAUCCCAGAUUCAGUUUGGCAUGCUCCUCCAGCGAUUUCCUACCGCUAUCACCGCGCCUCAUGGGGUCUGAAAAAACCCCCGUCGUCCUCCAAGAUCCUAGCGGAUCGCGUCCGGCGCCGUGAAAUCCCUUCAAGUCUCUGUAGGCAUGGCGGGCGAGGAGGCUGCGGAGGGCAGCCGGAGCAGGAGGCGCAUGGAUCUAAACCUGUACCUCGGCCUCCCUCCAUUGCCGCGGCCUCCGGGCCGGCUCGACGCCGCGCUCGAUUGCCCGUUGUUGAUGCCCAACUCCACCGGUCCUGCGCCGGAUGCCCCAAGAACGGGCGAGCCUGAAGAAUCGCUCGCCCCAGCGGCGGCCUACUCCCCGUCAAAUGCGCUCUCUACCCCGGAGGAGCAGCCGAUGCUUGAUCCCAUAGUUUAUGCCUGGCUCGACGGCCAUAGCACCGAUGGUGAAGAGGACGCUGAUGCUCCUGAGCUGGCACCCGUGGAAGGUGCCAAUGUCGCGCGGCCACUGGUGGCUGCCUCUGGGUUGGAAGGGGAUGAUCUUACACCAUGGGUGGAAAGGUUUGUGCACCCUGGUCGUGUGGCUGCUGCUGGUGCUGGUGCUGGUGGUGGAAUGGAGAUGGUUAGCACAAGCAUACUGCGUCGGUCCGCUCGAGGGGCUGCUGCAAUUGAUGCAGGGACUCCUGAGCUCCACUUUCAGAGGGUGAUCCAGAUUAGCCAGCAGCAUAGCAUUGUGAGGCCAGGAUCAGCUAACCGAAGCCAACGGGCAGCUAGUCCGGAAGCGGAUAGGCUGGUCUGGGCAAUCCAACGCACCCAUAACUCUUUAGAAGCAGCAAGGCGGCAAAAGCUGGAUGGCGACAAUAAGGUGGGUGGAAAUGGUGCUGCUAAGAGGGAUGGAUGCUGCCAAUGCAGCUCCAGCUUUGAGUGCAAUAUCUGUCUUGACCCGGCUAAAGAGCCCGUGGUUACACCUUGCGGUCAUCUCUUCUGCUGGCCAUGCUUGUACCAGUGGCUUCAUUCUCAUUCAGCACACUCUGAGUGCCCUGUCUGCAAGGGCGAGGUGCUUGAAGUGAAUGUCACUCCGAUUUAUGGAAGAGGCGGUGAAGAAGGCGAUUCUGCUAACCUUGACAUGCCACCCAGGCCGCGAGCAAACAGAAGGGAGAGCCUGAGACAGCAGCUGCAAAUGACAGCAGACACAAGAGGAAUUGCAACAGUAGUGAGGCAGUUGAUAGAAAACCAGGGCAUAGUGAGAGGCCUCCCGAGCCCAGCAGCGAUUGAGAUGACCGUGGUUCCUGGAGGCCGGCAAAGGGCUAGGGCUCGGAGACAGCAAAGGCAAGAUAACAAUGCGUCGUCUAUCAUACCUGCAACUGCAAUAAUGCUGAAUACGGGCAAUGCUGCCUCUGAGAGCAGCAAUCAAAUACCAUUGCCACCUUCUAAUUCUGACAAUAUUGCACCAGCGGCUCCUGCAGCUCCUCAGCAGUCAUCAUCUGUGGAGCAAAUGUCGAAUUCUAGCACCAGAGCUGUUAUCAUGGGAGGGCCUGGGUCAAGUAGGCGGUCAAGACCUUCGGAGUCCACAAUCACAAGAAGAACAAGGAGGCGGCAGCAGUAGGUACGAGAGUGCUGUCACUCUCUUCAAUAAAACCUACAGACCAUGCCCCAUUGGUGGUUAAUACCAUGAUUUGCAUCAAUAACAUCUCAAGGUUAAUAACAUUAGGAAUGUAUAGCCAUCGCUUGUUCCCACCUUUCUUUUACAUACCAUGUAUGUUGCUUCAUCAUGGAAAAGGAGUCGAAAUUUCAGUUCCAACAUCGCUGAUGAAUAUUGUUCUUUUGUAUGAUUGGAAUAUAAAUUCUGAUUUCGGCUCUGUUUUUGGUAUAUCAUUAUAACUUCCCUGACA